AUGUCAUGGCUCGCCCUGAAUCACCAAGUCCUAGCAAACCAGCAAUUCGGAGCUCUUCCCCUGAGAUCCUCGGUGGACCUCACCACUUGCGUUACACAUGACAUCGAAGCAUCUAUAAAACAAGGAUUAAGGACUACUCUGCUUACAAUGGAUGUAAAAGGGGCGUUCAAUGCAGUGCUACCAGGGAGACUAGUGAACCGUCUCCGGGAACAAGGCUGGCCAAACAAUCUGGUUAAAUGGAUACAAUCCUUUGCUACCAAUCGUUCUAUCAAGAUCCGAUUAGACGGCGAGAUUGGCCCGGAAACAAAGCUAGAAUGCGGUCUUCCUCAAGGCUCAUCGAUCUCCCCGAUCCUGUUCAUGCUCUACAUCGCGCCCCUCUUCUGGAUGGGCAAACCACAGAGCAGAUUCGGAUAUGCAGACGAUAUCGCGAUACUAGCGACAUCAGACUCACUUCAAACAAACUGCGACUCUCUACAAAUGGAUAUGCAAGAAACCCUUGAGUGGGGAAAAACCGAAGGCAUUACCUUUGACCCCAAGAAAUCUGAGCUCAUACACUUCUACAAAGGACACCGAACACUAACUGAUACCCCUGCAAUACAUACUGAAUCUACAAAUAUAAAGGUCAAACCUGGCCCGCUCAGAUGGCUCGGAGUCCACUUCGACAGGAAACUAUGCUUCAAACCACAUGUCCAGAUCCUCGCAGCCAAAGCCCUCAAGGGAGCUAAUGCACUGAGAUCCCUCAGCAAUACACACCGAGGGAUACCCCCAUAUCUCACUAGGAGAGUGGCUGAAGCCUGCAUACUCAAACAGUGCUAUUUCGCCUCGGAAACUUGGUGGCCGGGCCGAACCAGACCAAAGAAGAAUGCUCUAAACAAACCGAUCUCGACCUCGAGUAUAGUGGAUAGCCAUAUAAACCUGCUCAAUAAAGUGGUAAUUACCUGCACAAGAGCAAUCCUCCCAGUAUACAAAACCACAAACACAGCAGUACUCUACGAAGAAGCCAAACCCAGACCAUCAGAGAUCGAGCUAAACCAGAUCUCACAAUCAUACGCAGCACGAACCACCAGAUUAGACCCCUACCACCCUCUCAGGGUCAGAGCAGAGAACAUAACCAAAGCCAAAGAACAGAACCGCAUCCCAGACACAAGAUUUGCAAGGCACAUCACAGCAUUACCAAAGACUGAACAUAUAAACCCUUUAGCCUCCCCACCCUGGGAAAUCAGAGAGUCGAGGGCAGAGGCUGAGGCUCGUAUCAAUGGCCCAAUGGGCAGAACGAAAGCACAAGCAGCCGAGGACUUCAAAGCCUUCCAUGCCAAGAUACCAAGUAGCGAUAUAUAG